AUGGCGGUCGGGCAGGGGCGGUCGGGCGCAUCGUCGCGCGAGCGCGCGAAGCCCAUCGCGUGGUCCAAAGCCGCACCCUACGCCGUCCUCGCCGCUUCCGUCGUGCUCUUCGUCAUCUCCGUCGCCCUCAACUUCAACUCCCUCGGCUUCCUGGCAGUGCUGGGGGGCGCACGGGCGGGCAGCGGCGAGGAAUCGCGGUUCCUGAUCAGCAACUUCGGACUGCCGGGGCCCGUGCCGUGGGAGUGGAUCCGCGAGACCGUGCAGGAUCAGUUCACGUUGGACGGCCGCGUGCAGGUGAUCAACCAGUUUCGGAACAAGGACGCAGUAGACUCGGGCGCCAAUGCGUACGUGUGGUCCACUGACCGCAUUGACAAGCAGGCCGCCAUGGCCCGCCGCCGCGACCCCGGCUUCGGGUCGUACGGGCCGAACGUGACUGCUUCGUUCUACUCGGCGUUUGAGAAGUACCCGCUGGGUGGAAAGAAGGUGCUGAUCAUCGGCAGCCAGUGGCCGUGGGUGGAGGCCAUCUGCCUGGGCUUUGACGCCACCGCCAUCACCACCGUUGACUUCAACCGCCCCGUGGCGUCCCACCCUCAGCUGCGGCAGCUGGCGGUGGGCGAGCUGGAGGGCAGCAGCGAGACGUGGGACGUGGCUGUCUCCUUCUCCUCGCUCGAGCAUGAUGGGCUCGGCCGCUACGGCGACCCCAUCAACCCCAACGGCGACCUCGAACGCAUGAAGAAGAUCAAGGGGCUGAUAAAGCCAGGAGGGCUGCUGUUCCUGGGCGUGCCAACCGGUAACGACACUCUGGUCUUUAACGCCCACCGCAUAUACGGGCCCAUUCGCAUGCCGCUGCUCAUCGCAGGCUUUCGACUGCUCGACGUUUUUGGGGUUAGCAGCCUGGAACGCCUUUACCGCGAGAAUGUGAAUGCCGACAUUGUCCACCCACUCCUUGUGCUCCGUCGUGAGUAA